CUGUCCAUCACACGGACAUAGUGGACCAGAGUUGCCAUAUAGCUUUCCUGAAGCCUGUCCGGGUGACUUGGAGUUUCUUGGUGGUGUGUGUGUGUGUGUGUGUAUCUGUGGCGGUGAUGUCAGAGCGUCGUGUGUGUGUGAAUGACUUCGAGGAGGAAGCAAGGACAGUUCUUCCUAAAGCCAUUUAUGACUACUACCGCUCAGGAGCUGACCAGCAGCAGACACUGGCUGACAACACAGCAGCUUUCAACAGGUGGCGUUUUCUACCGCGCGUGCUGAGGGAUGUGUCCACUGUUGACUUAUCCACCUGUCUGCUGGGUCAGCCUCUCAGCAUGCCUGUCUGUGUGGGAGCGACGGCCAUGCAGAGAAUGGCACAUCCUGAUGGAGAGACAGCCACUGCCAGAGCAUGCCAAGCAGCGGGGACAGGGAUGAUGCUGAGCUCCUGGGCCACCUCUACCAUUGAAGAAGUGAUGUCAGCGAUGACAUCAUCACAGGGCAACGCUCGUAUCCUUUGGCUGCAGCUUUACAUAUAUAAAGACCGGGAGCUGACGCUGUCUUUGGUCCACCGGGCGGAAGAAGCCGGCUAUAAGGCCAUCUUUGUCACCGUGGACACGCCAUACCUGGGGAGGAGGUGGGACGAUGUGCGCAACCGCUUUAAACUUCCCUCACACCUGAGUAUGUCUAACUUCUCAACAGCAUCUCUGGCAUUCUCUGAGAGUAACUAUGGCAAUGACAGUGGAUUGGCUGUUUAUGUUGCCAAGGCGAUAGACCCAACUCUCUCCUGGAAGGACAUCGCCUGGCUGAAAAAACACACACACCUGCCAGUGAUUGUCAAAGGAAUCCUAACUGGUGAGGAUGCUGCCCAGGCUGUGAACCAUGGAGUUGAUGGCAUCCUGGUGUCCAACCAUGGAGCUCGACAGUUGGACGGAGUUCCCGCCACGCUGGACGUGCUGGAGGAGGUGGUGUGUGCGGUACAGGGGCGCUGUGAGGUGUAUCUUGAUGGAGGCGUGAGACGAGGAGCGGACAUCUUGAAAGCGUUAGCCCUGGGAGCUAAGGCUGUCUUCAUAGGACGGCCUGUGCUCUGGGGACUCGCCUGUCAGGGAGAGCAAGGUGUGUCUGAGGUUCUGGAGCUUCUGCGAGCUGAGCUGCGACUGGCUAUGGCUUUGGCAGGCUGUCGUUCUAUAUCAGAGGUCAACAGGUCCAUGGUCAGGAAAAUAGAGUUCACUUCCAGGAUCUGAGAGAGGACGCUACGUCGCCUGACUGAGGAUGUGACUGGUAUCUACUGGCAUGUGUGGGACCUCCACUUAAAUAGUUUGGGGCUGGGGAGUAAUCCCAAACUCUGAGCUGAAAACUUGGACUGAUUUGUCGUACGAGAACAUCAUGAUGUAACUCAUUAAUAGAUGGUGGUGUAUCAAGGUUAAAACUCAAGGUAAAAAUUAAAUUUUGCUUUUUCAACACUCAACUAAAUUUUUUUUAAUUGUGACAUCCAGCAUCCAUGACCAUUCCCUCCCAUCAUCCUGAAUUGCAAUAUGCAGAAACAG